AUGCUCUUAUCGCGUCGGGGUCACCAGCACGCAUCACCUUAUGCCAGCAUCCCUGGUUUGUACCUCUGUCCGUAUUUUUUGAAUUUACUGAAAACCAAGGGAUAGGGUGGGAAAAACUGACGCAGUAUCCCGUUAUUGAUUACCAGACGGGAGCCUCCCUGUGUUCUGCCGUAAAACUGUGUUCUCCCUGAAUUUUAUGUCAUAAAACAACGGCUAUAUCGAAAAAGAGCUUCGGAAGAAUAAAAGUAGAAAUAGAAUUCCAACAGGUUCACGUCAGACAUACUAGACAAGGAGAACUUCCAAGCAUAACUAAAUCACUUUUUUAACAUUAGUUUUGGGGGGACUUUUGAUUCACAUGCCCUUUGAUAUGAAAUAUGCUGAUUUUCCCGUUCAUGGAAUCAUCCUGUUGCACUGAGUGAUGUAUUUUGAAGACACUUUCACGAAAGGCUUUUAUGAAGACGAAAAUUAGAAUCACUUCCAAUCGGAGUGUCCGCUUAAGAAGUCAACCCUAAAAGCCUGUAUAUGCACGUGCACGAUUCAAGCAUUAUAAAGUGGAAACUGUACAGGUAGGAGGAAUUCCCAUCUGUUUGAAAAGAGCAAUCGAAAACCUCCUUUGGAAGCGUAUGACGACGUGAAUCACGCCAUUAACUCCCCUGUGGAGGUUGCCGGGGCAAAUCCCGUUCUUUUCGAAAAUGAGAGACUGAGACGGGUUAACGGUGGCCCACUCUCCAAGUAAACAUCCCCACCGGACAGGAAGGGAUUCUGGUUUUAAAAACUGCUGGUAGGUACUGCCUAUUUAACUUGGCUCUACUGCCCACGAAUAUGACCAAUAAGCAUUCAUUAUUUGCUCUGCAUGGGCACUGUACCUCAGCAUAUGUCUUCGCAGCAAUUCGCAUAAUGACGCAUUUAUAAGGCGAUAGAGUUCAGCUCAUUUGGCCGUUGGGGGGAUCAUUGAGAACUGCAUCCAACAAGUGCCAAGGUGACGUGUGAUCUGCAUCUGAGACGUUAAUUGCAGCACAGAGGGAGACUAGGUGUAUUGAACAUUCAGAUAUCAGAUUAGUAUUAUCGAGCGUGCUAUUCCCAGGUGGCGGAUGGUAACACCGAUAUCGACGACCUUGUCCAAAAUUUCAACAGUGCGCACCCCUCACCAAAGUUCACUGCAGAGUCUGAGGCAGAUCAAGAAAUUGCGUUUCUCGAUGCCCUCCUGCACAGGCAGGAGAAUGGGUCUAUCCAGCGCAGGGUGUUCCGAAAGAAAACCUGGACGGGACAAUACAUUAAUAUAGGCCGAAUGGUAUUACCGAAAAAGACUAGGGAGACUGGAAUUGCCAUUUCUGGCUUAUUAGCCGUCGUCAGUCAGCCGUACCCAAGCCCGAAGUGUGGAACACCCAAGCCUCGAACUCGCGACCUGUUGGUUUAGAAGUCCACGCCUCUACCCACCGGGCCACGAGCCCGUGUCCCUGUCGGUUUUCGAUCGGGAAUAUACAAUGGUAAGGGGCGCUCACCGAUCGUUCAUACGGAACUCACUCGUUCCGUUGUGCCUUAUGGACUCUCUCUCGAGCCCAACCAGCAGCCGCACAGCGGCGCAUGAUAUAUAGACAGAAGUGUAUUACCGACAAAGACAAGGGAGACUUGAAUGGCCAGAGUGAGUUCCGUAUGAACGAUCGAUCAGCGCCCCCUACCACAAUACAUUAAUUUCCACAGUUUUGUUCCCAUCAACAGCAAACGAAAUCUAGUCCAGAGAUGGGCAGCUGGAGUGAGGCGCAUCUGCUCACCAGAAUCUAUUGAAGCAGAGCUCCAACAUCUGCGGAACACACUUCGCGAUAACGGAUACCCAGAUAGAUUUAUCAUCCGAAAUAUUGGAAAACGCAUGGCAAAGCCCACUGUUGCGACAGUAAAAAAGAAAGAUGUAUUCAUUAGACUGCCUUUUGCAGAGGACACAUCGAGCGAACUAGUCACACGGCGCCUAACUACAGCUAUCACGAGAGCAUUCCCCGCGACGAAUUUACGCCUAUGUUUUACAAACCCUCCCCUCCUACGUUUGGCGACAUCAAUGUGUAUUAUGACGCACUUUGAUGCAUAACCCACCAAGGCCGCCGGCAUGGCUGCAUCCGACCCGCAUUUCACCGUGACUUCUGUCUUUCCCGCCCUCGUUGACCGCGGAGAUAACUGGCGGCCCCGAUUUUUCUGCACCGUGACUGUCUCCUGUACAGAAGGCCCGUAAAACCAGAUAGGGGGGAGGGGCAAAUUAGCGUGGGGUUGACAAAAACAGUCAGUGGACGUCCAGGCUUCAUUAACUUGCCUUGAUGUAUGAUCAUCACCCCGUCCCACAAUCUUAACGGCGUCAAAAUUCAAGAUGUGUCCCAUUUGCUCGGCAUGGCUCGACUUUGGGUCCGACAUUCGCACGGCAAACUGAUGCUCGUGUAUUCACGUUUGCAGCUGUUGCCCGGUUUCCCUUCGUAGUUGCACAUCCCACGGCACCACUAAAGUCGGUGUACAGCGGCCGGCAUUUCCUGUUUAGAGAAAGGGUUUUUGGCCGCAUCACUUGCCGCUGACUAUUGAGUCAGGCUUGUGGACAACUUCUGUUCCGAAUUGCACGAAGUAUUUAGCCACGACUUCGGAGACUUCCUACAGAUACGAAGUGCUCUGCUACGAUUUUGGUUGACUAUACCCUUAAUUUCGAUUCCCUUGUUUUAAUCGGCCCCGUUCAAGGAAUUCUCGCGGAUAGCCGUUGGCUCUGAGAAGUUUUUGAAACACUACGUAGGCUGGUAGGGAGCGUUCACUGAUCGUUCUUACGGAACUCACUCGUUCCGUUGUGUCUUACGGGCUCUCUCUCGAGCCCGGGUGUUCCAUACUUCGGGAUUGAGUAUGACUAGCUGACGACGGAUAAUAAGGCAGAAAUGGCCAGUCCAGCCUCGGUUGUCAUUGUCGGUAAUAACAUAUUACCUAUAUUAUGCGCCGCUGUGGGCUGCUGGUUGGGCUCGAGAUAGAGAGCCCGUAGGGCACAAUGGAACGAGUGAGUUCCGUAAGAACGAUCAGUGAGCCCCCUAUACCGUUGUAUAUUCCCGAUUGAAACCGACAGGGCAACGGGCUCGUGGCCAAGUGGUUAGAGGCGUGGACAUCUAACAAACAGACCGCGAGUUCGAGCCUCGGGUGUUGCACACUUCGGGGUUGGGUAUGACUGGCCGACGACGGUUAAUAGGCCAGAAAUGGCUAUUUAAGUCUCCCUUGUCUUUGUUGGUAACAACAGACUGAAUACGUAGUCUGCCUGCAGUAUGUAAGGUCUCUGAAUCCCGCUUUCCCCUGGGAGUUCGCUUUACCUCCAUUAGGUGUAAUAACAACGCAAUGGUCACAAUUGAUUAUGUCCACCAUAUGGCUUACUGGGAGGUGGGUGCAGGGAUAGUGAGUUAUGCGCGAUUGUAGACUUUCGCAACCCCCAGAGUCGACCUCACACUCGCCUCCCUCUGUCGUACAUCGGUAGAUUGUCCCGUCCGGUCAGCAAUAUGAUGCGGGGACUGAGUGAAAAUGGCUGGCAUGGCAUGAGACUGCGCCUGGGCGUGCCACAACAAUCGCCCCCAUGUGGGACGCUUUUUUGGGUGCUCAUCUCAAUCGCUGGUCUGGUCCCCGCGUUAGUCGAGCGCAGCUCCCUCGUGGUCCGUUGCAGGGCACAUUAUGAGUCAAAGGUAACACGUUUUAGCAGUAUCUGCGGUUUUAUUCUGCCUACUUAGGAAAGUUUUCAACUGAUUACGAUUUACAGUAGGUGGGCUAACUCAUGAAAUGUCAGCGAGAAUUUCGAAAUGCAUUCUCGUUUCGAAAAUAUUAAUUAAGUAGGGUUGUAAAACAAAUCAUUAUGCAGAAUAAUUCUAUAAUAAUCUAGUUAUCUCAUGAUCCAAGCAUAUACACUUGUUUUGAUAUUACUUGGUCCAAUCAGUACCGUAGUGGUAAUUAUACAAUUUUGACAUAGGAGGCAUUUAGAGACAAAUGUAUACCAGUGACCAACGCUUGUUCUAUGUAAUUACUUACCUAAUUUUCAUGACACUUGUCUUACACAUUUUUUAUGACGUUAUUGUAACCAAAAGGGAGUUCAAAGGCGCUCGCCUACCUUUCCCUUGAUAAAUCUGAUCUGAUCUGAUCUCAGGAUGUCGGUUUUAGAAUGAACUUCUUUUCGACUGUAUGUAAGAACUAUAUCCUGCAAAAAAUGACUGCUUAAGUAGCAUGAAUUUCUCAUAUUGAUUACCAAUGUCCUUUAACGUUCACAUACAUUUCAUGAAAACAUGCAUAAAAAUAUUCAUUCUUUUACUCAUUCGGUAGAAAAUCACGACGUUUAUCAAUUUUAUACUCAAAGGAAUGGUAUAAUUUGGUUUGUGAAAACAUUUCCAAUUCCCAAAUAAUUUUGAACCCGACCUGCUGUUAUACUUGCAUUCAGGGUUUCUAAACUACAAGCCGUACAUUUUCUGCGUACGGGAAACCAUACAUUUCUCUACGGUACUAAGAGGAUACUAAAUAGGGUUCAUAAAAUUUAACAGUGGAUUCGAGUCAUAUUGUUAACUUUGCAAGCCAUACUGGGAAAUGCGGAGAGAUGGCGUUUUAUGAACGGUCAUUUCAUGGUAUUAAAAAAACUCACAAUUAGAAACCUUUGUGAAACCGGGUUAUACCCCUUCUUCGAGUAUAAAGUCAGAAAAAGACAUACAUAAUUUUCUACCGAAUAAGUAAAAUAAUGAAUAUUUUUAUUCAUGUUCUACAUGAAAUAUAAUUAAAUGUUUAAGGGCAUAGAAAAUCAAUGGGAAAAUUGCAUGCUACUUAGAUAGUCAUUUUUUGCAGAGUAUAGUUCAUGCAUCCAGCCGGAAGUAAGUUUAUUCGAAAGCUGGCACGCUGAGGUAACUGGGCUAUUAUAGAAUUAUGCUGCAUAAUUAUUAGUUUUGCGACCAUAUUGAAUUUAUCUUUUCGAAACGAGAAGGAAUUUCGAAAUUUUGACUGACAUUACAUGAGUAAACCCACCUACUGCACUUAAAGAUAUUAUCAAUGCACAUUAGUUGUGCUAACUCAUGAAAUGUUGGCCGAAAUUCUGAAAUGAAUUUCCGACUCGGAAAGAAUACUUAUAUGAGGUUCUAAUAUUAAUUAUCGUGCAUAUAAUCUCAAGAUAUUUCAGCUCCUACGGGAUGCCGGUUUUUUUAACAAACUUCUUUCCAGUCACUUACAAAACUGUACUCUGUAUAUAAUGACGUCUUGAUUGGUAUGAAUUUUUCUCAUUGAUUUUCGAUGUCCUUAUAAAUUCAAAUAUAUUUCGUGGGUGGCAUAAACAAAAGCAUUCUUUUACUCAUUUGGCAGAAAAUUACGUCUUGUUCAAAUUUUAUGCUUGAAGGAAGAGUAUAGUUCGGUUUUAAAAAAGUUUAUCUGAGAUUCCCGUUCAUAAAACAUCGUGUCUCUGCAUUUGCUAGAGGUGAUCAAAUCCACUGCAAAACUUUACGAAUCCCAUACGGUUUCCUUUUAAUAUCGUAUAGGAAUGUUUGGUUUUCCUUGUAAGCAAAGCAUGCAGAUUGCUAUUUGAAACCCUGAAUGCAUCGAAUUGAAUGAUCGGAUUGUGACUUUCAUUUUAACCAUAUGGCGCUUGGUAUGCGAGCGCUAGCUCGGCACACCCGCGUGACGCUGUUAGACUUGACUCGCAUGCCUCGAACACCACACUGGUAGUCAUGCUGGCGACUCGUCCAGAUGUCCACGUACGUUCAUAUAAUCUACUCUCCACUUUUCCUCCGUUUGGCCUAUAUAUUUUUAGGAGCAGUCAGAACACGCAAUGGGGGCAGAUGAUACUCGACGUCCCUCCUUAGCUGGUUACUGGUACAUAUUAUUUAGUUGCGUUGUGACAUGUAGAUGUUUCGAUCACGAUCGAUACGUUCUGUAUCUGUUCAGGGGUCCUGUUUCGUUACUAUCGAUCCUCUUGUUGCUUUCGGAUGGCCCACGCAACUGGAGACGAAAUCAGCGGGUAGCCAUUUCUUCCGAAUUGAACAGCAGAGGCGAGGCACGAUCUUAGCGCAUAGCCCAUGGCCCAUUACAAAAACUCCCACAUCGUGCGAAAAUGAUUAACCAGCUACGAACAGCUGUACACAAUGGUACACAACUGGCCAAGGCCAAAAACUAUAUUCAGCUGACCAAACGGACAAGUCCUCACUUUCUAUAAGUUUUCGUUGAAACCAAGGCGGCCGUCUCGCUGAUAAGUGUUCAUUUCGCAGUAAGCAGGUGUCGUUCGUCUUAACGGCUUAGAAUAACAAGACCAGAUCAAACGGAAAAGGGUUUCAGUCACCAUGGGCUUACUUGUUGAACUUUGAAUUCAAACGACAUGUCGUUAGAUGAUGCCGAGGAGCGACUGCCAGUUAAUAUACUUGUUCCAGUAACAGCCUCUUCAUCCUCUGAUUACUGAAAAAGUUCGUUACCAAAAGGUUAAAUUUGAGUACAUUAGCCGUCUUUAAGGAUGAUCUACUAAUAAGUGCGAAAAUGGCCUUUAACCCACUGAUGUGGCCCAUAACGCUAGGAGGGGAUGCGGUGAGCAGUUCUGAAUAAUUUACCGUCAUAGAUCAACCAAAAUCGGACCCCAAAAUAGGCUCUUACGUAAUUGAGGUCUUAUUUCAUCAUACUAAUUUUCGAUUAGAAGACGAGGUGGCGAGCAUAUGUAGUUUCCGAUAAAUUCUCCUCGGGCCAGUACAAUUAAAUGGGAACGGGGUAGAAGCAAAAAACUUGUCAGUGAUAAGAGAAAUCCAUAAAAGGUCGUCUUAAAACACAGAUGGGGUACGGAAAUGUGGGGGAAAGGAUGGGGUUAGGGGAGGGGAGGGGUAAUAGCAGUCAGUGUCAGGGGCGGGGUGAGAGCGGAGGGGCGCGGAGAGGUGGAUGUAGCUAGUUGACCUUUGACCACGGUAGCCAUGCCGGGAGGCUGAGUAAAGACGAAACUAGGAGCAUAAGCAGCGCCAUUCUCGCGCAUGUUGUAGAUUCUGGACAUCGUGUGGACCCCAGCGAAGCUUUUCGUACGAUUUGUAAGGUUCCAUCGAGCUACCCUUAGCUAUUGGCCCAGCGCCUGCUAGCAACAGCAAAAGCGGCCGCCAUCAGGUUACAAAGACCAGCCUUAUGUGCACAGAAGAAGCACGUUCAGGCUCUGCACCUACAGUGGUCGAAGGUCGAAUAACGCUGCAACUCUAUCCGCGCCCUUCGCUCUUGUAACGCCCCUUGAUCUGAACAGGGCUGUUUGAGUGGUGUGACACUUUUCGGCGCGCGGACCUAGGGUGGAGAUGGCGUAACCGCGUGCUGGUGAAGAUGACCGGUGACCCUUCCUCUCACUUCCGCCGACCCUUUCCCCGCAUCGUUAGGUGACUUUCGUGUCGUUCUCCUCCGCUCUACGUCAGCACCUCCCUCGGCCCUCCCCUGCAGUUGCCCACAGCGCUGCACUCCCCUCCGGUUACUUAGCUGGCAUGUCGGUAUCGCCUCUUCAUCCAGACAAGUUAAUCUACAGCUGUAACUCAUCCUUCCCGUACUAUUAACAAUUAUUACACGCAUUUCCCGUGCUCGUCUCGUUAUAUUACACUAUAUCCCAUACCCGACGUGUCUUCCUCUCCUGUCUAUGGAUGCGUAUCAAGAGGUGCUAACGGUUCUGUUCAGAUCUAUCUCCGUCAGGAUCUACUCUCAGCGUUCUCUUACUUUGGUGUGUGCCACCCUUGACGUCCUCGGCCGAUACACUCUCAUCCCACCCCUGUCACUAGCGCUACCUCCCUUACAUUCCUACACCCCGCCUGUGUUUUAAAACGAACUUUGAUCGAUUCCUCUUAUCAUUGACACUUUUUUGCUUCUAUCCCGUGCCCAUAUAAUUGUACUGGCCCGAUCAGAAUUUAUCGAAAGCUACGUAUGCUCGCCACCUCGUCUUCUGUUUACUGCCAUAGGAAUUUUCGCAGCUCUAAAACUUUCGAUUAGUCGCUAUUGGUGUAAAUGCCUCCACUUUUAUACUGCUGAUAGUCUUUUGAUCUAUAGUUUGGUGCGCCCAUGGCACCAGAAAUGCUGCCGAAUUUAAAUCUACUCCCAUGCACGUUAAGUAUUUCUGACGUAUGUACGAAUGUCUUUUAGAACUUUUGAACAAGUUUUUCGGGAACAGAACUUGUUACGAUUUGCGAACAAAACUAAUUUCUCCCUUUGCUUCGCUUUAAGGUCGCACUCAAACGGAAAGGGCUUACUAUGAGGAGAUGCGAACCCAGUGCACAAGAGCCAUAGAAAUGUCCGCAAACUACCUGGAGGGCGUAUCAAAGCAUCGAGUUUUCCCGCGGAUUGAACCGGGCUACCUGCGUCCUCUCCUGCCGCAAGAUGCUCCCAGUGAACCGGAACCCUGGGAUCGGAUAUUCAGCGAUGUCGAUAAACUUUUGAUGCCUGGGGUGCGUUUUUUGUCAAGCGCUCAUUUGUUGUUGCCUAGUUCGUUCAGUUGUAAAAUCUGCUUGUUUAUAACACAUAAAAUAUCAGUGAAGAAAGAAGAGGGGGAGAGUACCGGAACAUUUUGUUUAUUAUCCUGAGUUUUCGAACUCGUGCAGGAGUCUAUCGUAAGAGAUAGUAACAGCAACAGAACAAGCAACAGCUAUACAGCGUGUUAGACAAUCAUCGACCGACGGCACAAGACUGGCUGUGACUGCGCAGAACAAUGUAUGCCGGCGACAGAUCGAGAAAUCGACUGACCGAGUUCCCAUCCGAGGCCCAGGCUUCAAUCAAUCGUCGGCCUGUUAUGUUUCUGGCGUGGACGACAUAAGGUAUCGCCUAAUUAAUCCCAGUUCCCGCGAUGCAUCUUUCUGUGAAGGCUUUCGGUAGGCAUUUGGGUUGGAUACCAGUGUCGCAACACUCCGUUACUGAUGCUAGUAUUAUUGCAGUUAGUUACCCAUACUGUAAGAGUUGGUAGAGUAGCAUUGGCAGCCGUGGUGGCGGUGGUAGUAGUACUAAUGGUAGGAUUAUUAGUAGUAUUCGCUGUAUCAGUGGUGGUAGACGGGGGAAAAAGUUUUCUUCAGUGUUGCGACACUGUAUUCCCGCCAGUGGUAGUAGUAUUAGUAGUAACAGCGGUAGUAGUGGUAGUAGUAGCAGUAGUAGUUGUGGUGGUAGUAGUAGUAUUAGUGGUAGUAGUAGUAGUAGUAGUAGUAGAAGUAGUAGUAGUCCGCCCGUGAGACAGGCUGGUGGGGGAAUAGACAAUUCUAAGUGUUGCGACACUGUAUUCCCGCCGGCAUUUGAAGUACAAGCAUCUACAGUAGGUAGCAACAAGGGAGAAGUGACUUUAGCUUCCGAAAUUGCAUUCGUUAUCAUGCUCUCUCUUUCUUUACUUUAGGUCGCCCACUGGCAUCAUCCACAUUUUCACGCCUACCUCGUCACCGCUAAUUCCUAUCCGGCUAUGUGUGCCGACAUCCUUUCUGCGGCAAUCGGUGGAAUAGGAUUUACAUGGGUAUGUCACACCUAUCAAUAGUCAUUUCUGAUAAGACUGCAAGACGCCUAACCGCGUUCCUACACGGUUAUUAUUGUCUAGUGUAUGUAAAUAUACUUAGAAAGAGAUCUAAUCCUUUGGGAGCCUAAUAAGCCCCCUCCCCCCAUUGCGAAGUUUUGGAGACUGGUUCCCCAACCCGUCGUCAGGCUUUUGGGUCAUGUAUAGGCGCAUUAAACUAUUUUACCGCGUCUAACAAAUGAUUUUGCUAUUGGCCGAAGCCUGCGCCUGUGUGCGUCAGUUGUAUUUUGUCAUCCCGGCGGCAUUAGCUGUGCUUUUUUUCCUUUGUCCUUGAGAAAUUUGUACGUGGCAUGUAAAUCGAUGCGCUGAUUGAUGCCUGCCUCAUGUGAGUGCAGCAAACUACAAGAUUUAUAAGUGGAUAUAUUUCAGCACUUGCAUUAAGAUUCAAACGAGUCCCCGGACGAAUUAAAAGAAGUGAAAGUUGCAAUCGAGGAGAUAAGGGUUUCAUUCGAUGCAAUCUUGCUCUCCGCUAGAUGCAACCAGACGCUGCCCCGAAGAACUCCAUGAGGCCUACACCAGUGAUGUGCCAGCAGACACCUUGCUCCACCUACUAGUUAUCUGUCUAGCAACCGAGUUCUUCUUCGUCAAACAGUGCUGUAGGCAACCGAGGGGCGCUCCUAUGGGUUCGUCUGUAUCUGGCCUUCUGGCAGAAGCCAAGAUGCAGCUUUUUCUACAGUUUAAUCGAAACUGUGACUGCGCAAUUUAGAUGACACAUCCCGUGAGCAUUGGUCGCAUUCCUGUUCGUUUUCCCCUAAGAAAUUUUUACGUUACAUCCAAAUCAAUAAACUUACUGAUGCAUGCCGCAUCUGAGUGCAUUGCCUACAGGAGUUCACAACCUUUCCUUAUCGGGCAGACGCCAACAAUACGAAUGUUUUCCCACGCAAAUUUGUGCCCAUUGUCCAGUGUGCGUAUGGUAACCUGAGGUAGAUGACCAUGCCUCAUUAUCUCUAACCACUGUUCAUAAAUAUGAAUUGAGAUAGGGUCCUCGUUCCGAACACAGUAGACGACAUCACAAGUGGAGCAUGAGAUUCUGUAGACAAGGCCUUUCCUAUCGAGGUAAUCAACCCUGUCCUAAGUGUGUGCAAGAUGUUUGCGUAAGGUAAUAGCCGGUUGGUGUUUCAAUUUUUUUAUGAUGUUUUUUCGGUUGUCUUUCGGUAAGUUCAGAUGCUAGGUUACUGUUCCUGGUGCGCCUAUGACCUUGGAUUUCGAAAUACUUGUUCUCUUAAAAUGUUUGGUGCUUCAUGCACCGACGCACAAAACCGACCAAGUAUCUGUUGUGGGAAAAUAGUUUAAAAGGACAUUUAAUCUCUGCCUGACAGUUUCAUCGGAGAAGCGCGAUUUAGCUCGAAUAAGCGGACUGUAGACUGAACUGCCAUUGUGAGAGGCGGGAAAGUUAAUCCAUCUGCAACAAAUCUGGGAAUGAUGUGAUCUAUAAUUUUAUCGGUGCGCAAGGAGGAUACGAUUAAGACUUGAGAUAGAUGAAAACAAUCUUUUUGAAUUUAUUCUGCACUCAGUCAGUCAUAAUCCUGACCGCCAGCCGGGACCAGGAACACAAACAUACGCACACACAAAGAAGGCUUAUGGACCGAUAUGGGUCCAUUUGUGCGAGCAUUGGGCGCUCCCUAUCAUAGUUUAUAUAUCCGAGCACAACCGACAGGACAAAGACUCCAUGUCUCGAUAUUUGGAGCCAUGUACGAAUAACCAAAAGAGUGCGGGUUCGAGCCCCCGGUGCCAUCAAAUGUAGAGUUUGGUAAGGAUCGCUGGCGGCGGCUAAUAAGUCCAAAACGGCCGUGCCAGCCCGCCCUGUCUUUGUUGGCAGUCUAAUUUUGCAUUUACACAGAUAUAUGUAUUGCUAAUAGAAGCGAGAUAUAUGCAUAUUCCCAAGUGAGUUUGGCAUUGAAGGCCAUGAACGUCUUUGCGAUCCUUGGUAUUUUACAAGCUGUCCAUUUCUCUCUCUCUCUCUCACUGCUCCUUAGGCUUCAUCUCCAGUGAGCACAGAACUUGAGGUGAUAAUGUUGGAUUGGAUGGCCAAGCUCCUUCACCUACCUGAAUUCUUCCUCUCGCAUACAGAUGGAGGGGGUGUGAUCCAGGUAUGAUUGUAUUUCAUUUCACGCUUUUUCGCUUGUUGGUCUUACUAUCUUAGAAGUGUACGCAGCAGAAACAUUCUGACAAAAGGAUUCUAUGAUUGGUUAAAAUCAUCUUCUCGAGAUUGAAUGGGUCAGUUUGAAUCUGUCCUUAACAAUUUUGCAUGCGGCACCUAGAUCGAUGUGCCGGUUGAGGCAUGCUUCAUCUGAGUACAUUGCCUUCAGGAGUUCGCGGCCCUUCCUUAUUGGGCAGGCGCCAACAAUGCGAGUGUUUUCCCAUGCAAAUUAGUGCCCAGUGUCCAGUGUGUCCAGAGAUGGCCGCGUCUCCUUGCCGCUAACUGAUGUUCAUGUAAAAAAGUACCAGAUACACGUAGCACAUCAGCCGGCAACUACCUCACGCGCACAACUUGUACACACUGAGGACAGGGUUGUAGACAGGUGUUGUCUACAAAAUCUCAUGCUCUAGUUGCGAUGCCGCCUGUUGUGGCCUACCUGGGAAACCUGUCUCAACCCGUGUACAUGAACAUCAGAUAGCGGUAAAGAGACGCGACCAUCUAUCCCAGGUGGCCAUACACACACUGGACACUGGGCACUAAUUUGCAUAGGAAAACACUCGCAUUGCUGGCGCCUGCCCAAUAAGGAAGGGCCGCGAACUCCUGGAGGCAAUGUACUCAGAUGAGGCAUGCAUCAACCGGCAUAUCGAUCUAGAUGCCGCAUGCAAAAUCGUUAAGGACAGAUUCAAACUGACUCAAACAAACCCGAGACGAUGACUUUAACCAAUCAUAGAAUCCUUUGUCGGACUCGGUCUAGAAGUUAAUUGAUUUUGCACGCCCGCUGUCUGAAGACGAGCUGGGGAAGCAGUCUCGAAAAUUUACUGUUUCCCAAAGAAUUCCAUUUUCCUAAUUAUAUCUAUUGGGAUGCCUGUUUUUCAAUUUACGUAUACGUAUAUUCGUUUAUGUCUGUGAAAGUCAUCAGCAAAACGACAAGUCGCUCUAUCUGCACACAUACCUUCUCCACAACAUGCGUAUGCAGGACACCACUGGCAACCCACUACGACUCACUGUUGUAGCAUAUGUGCUUUUCACUUUCCUAGGGGGUAGCAUUGCUUGCGAAGCGUCGCAUCUAAGGGAAUGCGCAUGCCGUAUAAGUAGGAGUACGUUCCUUUGGUUAACCCUGGCUCACGAAGUAGAAACACGCGUAGACGAACCGUUCGGCCUUGUCGGCCACUGUGAUGGGUAGACACAGACGGUCGGCUGAAGCAUGAGAAAGGGACGACAGAGUGAGAUCAACAGCAUCGGCUUCGUCCUCGCGGCCGAUUACCGCAUUCCUCACAAUAACAAAUACGGCGCGUUUGAAUCUAUAAUGACGUAUUAUCAGUUUUUCCUCGGAAGGCUUCAAACUGACGGGACAACCCGGUCUCCCUUAAGUUGGCACUCCCACUGACGUAAGAUGCGAGCCGCAGAGCGGGUACCGGGUCGUGCGUAUGGCACGCGUAGACGGACUGUUUGGGCUUGCCGGCCACUGCGUCCGAACCAGCCCUUAUCCGUCUUGACGUUCUUUCGCUACCGGGGUGAGGGAGGACAGGAUGUGGUAGAUGCUGGGCAACGCUGUCUUUCCGUAAACGAAUUCACAAACGGACCACAGCUGCUGGGCCCAUCUUGGGAGGCUGGUGUAAAUGUCGUCGACUGCCGCGAUCGACCCGUCCUAUAUCCUCUGAACGGUAAACCAAGCAGAGCAAGAUAUUAGUGAAGACACUUUCUAGAUUUUGUCAUGCCCCCUAUUUAAACGACUCGUUGCUUCUUCUCCUUUUUCAACAAAUAUGCACGUUUGUAUAAUUGCGGACGACUUACCAUUCUUUCAGGGAACCGCAAGCGAGUCCACAUUCAUGACCUUACUGGCAGCUCGCAAUGAAGCGAUAAGGAAGUAUCAGCAACUUCAUCCGGACAGCACAAAGUACGAAAUCAUGGCUAAAUUGGUCGGCUACCAUUCACAGCAGGUAUGAUUUGCGCAGUCAACAAGCGCUUUUGGCAUUCAGUUAGGCUUUUUAAUUGUAAGUAUCGAGCAUUUAGUUCAGAUACGGGCACAACAGGAUUGGCCGCACAGGAGGUUAAUCAAGAAUGCCCGCGAGUUAAGGCAAUGACGCUGAUGACUUGUUGCUUUAUGAUUCGUUUUUCAGCAUCUUUCGAUAGGCGUCAUAAAUGAGUUUGCGUUCGCCCGUAAACGUUUAGCAGCAGGUACUGGGAGAUAAAAACGAGAGUUCUUUCAGGGACCAGGAAAGGCUUGGAACCGCGGUACUGCCGGAAAAUGCAGAAACCCAGGCGCCUCAAGUACGGGAGUCGUGGUAACAGGGGUUUUACGAGUAGGGCUGCGGGAAAACAGUGAUGGAUGUGCGAAAACGGAGGAAAGACACACGUGUCACUGGUAAAUGUGCCAGUUUGUUUUAAUGGGUGGUAAAAUCCCAGCAUAAACAUCGCGCGAUACAAACAUUCGCUGCAGGCAAUCAUAGAAAACCAACUUCACCAGGAAUAUUGGUGAUAGGCCCGUUAAGGUCCUGGGAACAGCCGCCCAAAAAUAUGACUAAUCAGACCUAACCCGUGAUGAAAGUUAUAUGAAGUGGAUGCCAGUGGACCUAAACCCUAAUCCUAACGUAAUUGUGAAUUAUAGUCGCAGCAGUCCUCGAAGCGACUCAAAUUGAAAGUGUCCGUGAGCAAUACUACGCGUACUGAAAUCAAUAAUAGUACGAAAAAAAUAAUUUGUUGACCAAGCAGGACCACGUUGUCAAGCCUCACUGGGAUACUAAUGUAAAAGUACUUUGCCAGAUGUCUGCAUUAAGAUACCCGAAAUAAUUACACUUUGAACAGUCUCUUGAUUACAACCUCACUCUUAAGCGUCUCCCAAAAACUGACCACAGGUUUCACUAAAGGGACCCAUUGAAGUCAGGCUCUGAAAUGAGAUCAUCGUCGAUAAAUCCGUAGUAAAAACCAAAAGACAGUUGAUGGAUUGCAUUAGUUUUGUUUUGGCUUAGAUCAGUGGCAAUUUGCUACUUCACUCUUGGUGAUUUUUAUUGUUAAAGAAAUGAUCUAAGAAGAUACAUUAGCUGUUUUAGGGCAUAGUAAUUAAUGUGAUUGUUUAAUUAAAGGCGCAUGCGUCGGUGGAGCGGGCAGGGCUUCUCAGCCUCCUGGAACUUCGUUCGCUACCAUGCAAUGAAAAGUAUGAAUUGGAAGGGGAGACGCUACGAAGAGCUGUAGAAGAGGACGUCGCCAAUGGUCGGAUACCCUUCUAUGUACGUGCUAUUAUCUGAGAGGCAUGAUGCCUUCGGCUGGAGCCUUUGAUUAUACCUCUGUCUGCCACUCAACACGAAGUAAUGCUCGGAUGUGGUAACGUAGUCCCACCUGAAGUAAAAAAACCCCUGCUAACUGUAAUACGGAACCGAUGCUAAUAGGGGUUCUUACAGGUGGUGCCGGGGAACGCACAGGCGACGAGGUCAAGUAGUUGUAUGUAAAAUAAAAGUUAUUGGGAAUGCGCAGUUGUACUUUGAAUGGUUAAAAAAUAGUUGCCCUAAUUCCAAUCCCUAACCCCCAAACCUAACCCCUAACGCUAACCCCCAGCACUAACCCCUAACCCUAACACCUAACCCUGACCCAUAACUCUAACCUCAAACCAUAACCCCUAACCCUAACCCCAACAGUAUUGUGUCCAUCAGGUGGGGCUACAUAAUCGCAUCUUACCGAAUUAAAGAUGUUACCUUGACAACUGCAAUCGGCACAUUAGGCAUCCGGCGAAAGGAAUAUUCAUCGAUCUAUCCCGCACUGUCAUUGGUCGUCGAAGGGUGACAUAGAGCUCUUUAAGAAAGAUUUUUGUCGGGUGCCGAUAGCUUACUUGACAGAGGGAAUUAUUCGUCGAAAAUUAGCAGGCCACCAUAUUUAUAUCAAAAAGCCGAGUUGGCAAGCAUACGUUUGCUUUCGAUAAAUUUUUUUAGACCUGUACACUUAUAUUGCUAUUGAAAUGGCAAAUACGAAAAUGCGGGAAAGUAAAAUCCAUUCCGUAGCUGAAGUCUAGGGAGAGGGGUGGGCGUCAGAGGGGAGGGGAAUAAGGGGCAUUGAGACGGGUAAUUAUAUGCGGGUGGCUUUGGACCAUGGUGUAACCUGUGUAGCCUGAAUGCAGCCGCCUCUGCAGCUGCCAACAGACGCUGUCUAAGCAGUUUUUGAUAGCUUGAAGGAACCUUUUAAAUCCCUCGGAAGGCCUGUCCGGCAUCUACACAGUGAUCUGUGUCUGUCAUGCGCGCGAGGACAGAUCUGUUGACGUUCUUUUCUUGACCCUCCCCUAACCAUGCUGGAAGGUGUUCUCUUCUUCUUCUGGACAAACGUCGACUCGUCCGACCAAUAUAUUCUGUCCCACAGGAGCAGGCGAGGGAGUAAAUACAUACAGAAUUGGCCUGGGCUGGCGAUUUGUCCUUGCCCUCUCCGUAUAGGAUGGAGAGGAGUAGAUGGGCGUCAGCUGCCGGAAAGUGGCUUGAUACAGCUUCAGUUAGGCGCCUUCUUAGAAGUUCACUCGGCGCGUCUCCCUGAAACGGGACUCCGAUGAAAAUCUUUUUCUUUCCCGAUGUCAGUGUCAGGGAUUUGAUGGUAUUUUGGUCAUGUACUUAGGAAUGAAUUGAUUGAGGGUACCCGUUCUGGUGAUAGAUAUUCUCGACAAUCUUAAAUUCUUCCUUGAUGCUAUCAGCCGAGCAGACCCGCCUUACUCUGAGUGUCAAACUGCGGACCAAAGCACGUUUCUUGUUUUACAGUACGUAACCCCCAAAAUCGGCGUAUUGUCUGGACCACGCCUUCUAAAGGUAAACAUUAUAUCGAAUACUUCCGUCAGAUCUUCUACUCAAAGCACAUCCGGAGAGGGGGCCAUCCGGGUUGUUUUUCUUCCGGAGUAAAUUUGAUUGAUUGAUGCGUCUGAUUUAGAUCAUCCAGUAAAACUGAAACGUCGUUUUGUUCAGGUAUAGUCGCGAUGUUUACAUUACGUUAAACGGCGGCUUCGUGUUCAUUUUUACUUCGACUCCACAUUUUCUGGCAUUCAGUUAAUCUCCUACGUCACUGACUCUUCUCGGCGCUAAAACAAGCCUAAGCGAUUCUGUCUUGAUGGAUUAAAAAUUAAGACAAGUUAUGUAAACCGGGAAUGUCAGACGGGUCCUGUAUGGUUGACGCCUGAUGCGACUGCUCAUCCAGUAAUCCGCGCAACCGGUGUGAAAUCACGGAAAUUGUUUGUCAAAAGCUUAAGCCUUUUGGCUGUGCAGAUGACGGUUGCUGAACUGUCUAUUUUCGUUUGAUUAUUUGGAACGAAGUGCAAAAAUUCCGCUCCAAAAGAUCAGAUUUACUCACAAAGACGGAAGAGGCUAAUGUGGCGAUAAAAAGCCUUUAGUGUGGUACUGGAAACAGUAGUGAUAACAGUACUAGCAGUAACAGAACAUCACAGUAGUAUUUGUUGUUACCGUUGGGUCGCCAGUAAUUGCUGUAGAAAUAUCAGUAAUCUUACUAAUAGAGGGAGUGUUGGUAGCAGAGGCCUACGCCAACGUGUGCCAGCUACAGUGACUAGACGGCUGUCGAAUCCAGUGCGAUGUUGUCAGAAGACGUUGACACAGGCGCUCUGUCCUCCGUGGCCAACACGGACCACAGAUGAUCACUGCACACCGUCCCAACCUCCUGAUGGCAGUGACGUGUGUUCGACUAACCCGACUUGCAAACACCACUCACAGCCUACGUCACCCUUCCCUUCGCCUUUGCCCCAAUAACCAUAACACGCCGACCUCGUCAUGCAGGUGGCAUGGGAACGAUGGGUGCUAGUAGCCCCUGGGGCGCUUAUAAACCCUGUAAACUUCUCAUAUUUUCAAUUAGUGUACAACUGUUUUGAGUAGAUGAUGAGCUACCGAAAACACGUUAUUGCGAAACUGAAUUUUUAAUUGUAACUUGGGAAUAUUUGCGGAACUGAAACUGAAAAGGCGAGUCAUUCCUCACUAACAAAUGCACAUACGUAACCCCCCAACUGUCUCGUACACAAUGCGACAGAUCUGGAAAAUAGCCCGGAAUCGUCUCGCCGGCAGGCAACGAGCUCAUCAGUUUCGGAGCCAAAUUUUCGCCUUCGAUUGCAGUUCGAUGCGAAUUUCACAGAAAAGUUAAAAAGCCUUAACCAUCGCCCGCUGUUCUUCGAAAUAUUUUAAUUUUAAGAAGUAGUGCCGACGGAGACGUUGAUGACCAGUUCUGGCUUAUUAGCCGUUGUCAGUCUGCCAGGUUAGAAUUCAAGCCCAGAUGAUCUAACGCUGGAUUUGUGGCAUGGAUAGCUAAUGACGGUCAAUAAGACAGAAACAAGUGCUUCCGCCUCCCUUGUAAUAUCUGAAUCCUUGUCGUUAUGCGGCUGCCUGCGGUAUUUCCGGAUUGAGUUACGAGGCGCAACGGAACGAGCAUUUUCCCCAACCUGAUCAGUGAAAGACCCUACUGCAAUAAUUAAUUUCAUCUUCAAAAUGUUUUCCUUUCAUUGAUUGGAGGUAAUUAGGUCUUCCGCUGGACUCUCUUCGCGCUACACUACGCACCUCAGCCAACUUGCGUUUAGUUGGAGCAUUGAUCCUAAUUUUCUAUCAGCAUCUACUUCCUCUGAGCGUCUUCAGACUUCCUGUCGACUGACAGCCGGUUCUUGCUUCGUCCAUUUCCAGUGCGUCGCGACUUUGGGUACCACGGCGACUUGCAGCUAUGACCGCUUGGCCGAACAUGGUCCUGUAUGCAGGGAGUACGACAUGUGGCUGCACGUAGACGCCGCUUACGCAGGAUCUGCGCUAAUUUGUCCGGAAUUUCGUCCAUUGAUGCCUGGUUUGGAGGUAAGUUGUUAUCAAGCCAGUGACAGAGAGCUCAGUCAGCGGGCUGAUCUGUGGGAUCACGGCUGAUCGGCCAUACGCCGUCCAGCAGAUCGCGCCCUCGGCAGACUAGAAAUUUUAUUUAUAUAAAAUUUACAAGACCCCAGGUAGCCAUAAAAUGCGAGUCGAGGCCUGACUAUCAAAUCUACGCAGGUUUGGUUUACGAUUGGUUUUAAGUAGGCCUUGAAAUACUGGCUCGUACUUGCGCGGGAAAUGCGUGUGCUGUGAUUGGUUAGACAGGUUGGAUGCGGACUCGAAUUACCAGUAGCUUCGGGGCUCGCCUCUAGUCGACAAUUUAGCCUUUUCGGUACUUAUUUCAUUGCGAAGUUUUGCAUGAAAUUUCAAGCGUAGAGUUAGGCAAAAAAUUGUAGGGCAUGGACGCUAAUUUGACGAAAUUGCACUUUUGUUUAAUCUUGCGGAAAGAGAAUACCAGAUCUGUCUUUGGAACCCAGUAAGAGUGUUUCUAAUUUCCGCAAAAUGGCAUAGAGAUGCCCGAUCGUUUUGUUUGUUUCGGCCCAAAUGACCUUUUCCUUGUCAGUAAAUCUCACAUGCGUUUGAGCCUCAUUCUACUUCCUAGUAUUCUUCCUCGUUCUCCUUCAAUCCGCACAAGUGGCUUCUCAUGAAUUUCGACCUUUCAGUUCUCUGGUGAGUUUAGAUUUAUAAGGUUUCCUUUGCUUAAAAACUAAUUUUGAAAACUGCUUGAUCAGGCACAGCAGUUUAUCGAACAGUCCUCUACAAAUGCACACUAGAUGUAUCGAAAUGAAAUGAAAAUUCACCUACCGGAUAUCGAAUGAACAUUAUAGUAGUAAGAGGCAAUACCGAGUGUGGCAUUCGGAUGUUUGCAAAUAUGUGUGACGUUCGAAUGAUUGGAAAGUCGUGUUGCCCGAUAAGUAACGGUGGUGUCCGUAUUUGUUGGAUCAUGUCCAAAGAACCAGCAGAAAUUGUUGCAAACUUUCAUCGUAACUUGAAUACCAAUUCUCGGACAAAAAAGCCAACCACUUUUGCCUUCGGUCACUCAGCCAGAGUAUGUGUGCUCAUUGUCCCGAACGUUUCAAAGACAGCUGCCCAUAACCUCGCGUUGAAAAAGUUUCGGUAGGAUCGCAGUUGGCAGCCGUGUCCAUCGGUACAACAAUUGUACCUACUGGCUCGAUUUUAGUAGUUGUGAUCACGUCCUUAUUAUGCUUUUAAUGCGCGCGCGCACUGUCCCUCCUGGACCAACAUGCGGGAGAGGGAUCAAAAUAGCGACAUAUCCUCAUCAGUCACUUUUCGCGCAUCGGAAUGCCCUGAGCAGCAAAUGGACUGAAUUCACUCGCUCCCUCGCAGACGAACGUUAUUGGUAGUAACGUCUGACCGCCGCAUACAACUCAGAUGACCAUUCAGGUGAUACUAGAGAGGAUAGUCUUUGGGACACCCCGGAAUCAUCCGACUAAACUUAGGAGAAUCUCCGCGCGCGCUCGUUAAUCUCUGUGCAUAAGAGUAGGACCGCACGGCACACCGAUUCUGGCGAGCGCCCUUUUAAAUCGGGAGUGCCUCCGAAGUCGUCAGCCGCCCUCUCGCACAAAUCGAUGUGUCCGUCGCGCGUCAUGUGGUGGGAACAAAAGACCCACUGCCACGGAAAGGAAGGCCAGCAGUUGUUUUCUGGACACUGGGCGGUCACGCAAAAACAGACGAACCGACGAGAGGAUAAGUGCAUUCGGAUGCGGAUGGACGAACAUGCGUCGGCAGUGGGGUGGAGUUACGACAACCUCGAGUGAUGGUUGGAUCGAGAGGUCCAGGAAAUAUCUGUCUGUUUCAGAAGAUUGUUUGGCGGACAAAUGUUUGCCUCCACCAACUUCGAAUCAUGCUAGUACAUUUAUAUGCUGACGGAGUAAACCAAAACACGUGGGUGAUGAGAGGGAUCGAGGAAAGUUAGUCUCUUCGCAGACAUACGGGAGGAUAUUUAGGGACAGUCACUAUCUAUCCGGUCAGGAGUCAAUGGUUAGUGCGGGUAAGCAAAAGGUCGCAAAGAACCGUGUCAAGUAAGAGAGUAGGGAAGCAUAGAAAAUUGCCGGUAUUUAGUAGGUUGACGGGCGACUGGCCAUGGGAGAAACAGGCCCGCACGAGGUCCUUCUAUGUUCAAAACACUGGCUGUAAUCGCUUCUGUCGUUGCUACUAGACGUUUUUCCGGUGGCUUAGGGUAGUUCGGUGUGACGCGGAAGGUUUAGUGGGGGGUCCAUAUGAUGCUCGAGAAUGGUGCUGCUAACGUUUUUGAUAAGGUCUUUUCUUAGCGAUGUCUGGAAAUGUUCACUUAUAUCUGUAGACAGACGCAGACGCGUGUUAUCAGUGCAACCAGCUCCACAGAAGCAAGUAGUGGUGUUUUGAUCUGGCAACCUAUCUUUACUUUCAAAUUUGCCGAAGCAGAAAUUGUCGUCAGAAUUGCCAUCUACACGGAGAGUACUUUAUCUGAGUCAUAGUUUUUCCGCUGGAAAUCGAUCACAAGACACGGAUGCUUCUCGCAGCCUAGGCGUCGAUUCAACUCUGUCUGUGCAGAAACAUUAUUCACGCCAGGGAGGGCGCGUGUAACCAUUUCGUUCGCUGGAGGGUGCAGGUGAGUCAGGUGGCGGAAGUAUCAUCACGCCAAGUAUGAAAUCAUCCAAGGCAUCGCGGCAAUUAGAGUCUGAGAGCUGAUCGACCAGACAAUUGUAGCACUAAUUAAAAACACCCUUAAUGAAUGCUGGAGUCGUUGAUUUUAUAAAGCGCAUGGCGACACGGCCACUGCGUCAAAAAAGGACUGCACCAUCUGUGUCCCUGCCACGUCAAUUCUGGCUGACCCCGAAAAGGGGUUUCGUUUUCAGUGCGGAACAUCAAGUAAGUAAAAUCCGUCUGGUAUGCAAGACUCUACAGACCACCUCCCUUCUUUGUCCGUCCAUCAUGUUGAGAUUUCCGACUGGGCGUUCGUUCAAAGGAAUUACUAGGAGUCCCCAGCCUAACUCUCACUUUUCUCGUCGCCAUAAUUAGACAUAUUAUUUUGGGAUCAACGAUGCGUCCCGACGUCAAAUACUAGCACUUGCUUCUGUGAGGAGAGGUGGCGAUAUCAUUCCUAGUGGUGGUACACCAGGGACAAAUCAAAUACAUGCUCAUUUGGCCCAUUUUACAAAGGCAAGCGUUUUUUAUUUUUACUCCACACCUUUGCAGUGAGGAGUAAAAGAAAAGACGCCACGAUUUUCAGACGAGACAAGGCCUUGAAACAUUUCCUAAUAAUAUUAACUACCUAAAGGGAAGUAAACCGUCUUCAUCACCGUGGAUCUCUCUCUCCAGUUUCGAAAUAAUAUCGGUUAGACCAGUCUGGUGUCCAAGACAAUAGGUUUGAGAACCCAUGAUCUCAGUACAAGCUAUGCCAUUCGUCCUUCUCAGUGAAGUAGCCAAAACGAGGCGACAUUUUCUUUUUUCAAACUGCUCAUCCUCCAACUGUUUUGUAGGUUAAGAAAUGUUCAGUCCUUGGUCAACGCCUUUACGGUCGAUGCAGCAUACCUCCAGCACGCUAAACUCGGAAAAAUGCCUGAUUUUAGGGUUUGCUUUCUUUAUUUUUCUUACCCUCUAACUGGAUUUUAUUAGCAUUGGCACGUUCCACUCGGGCGUCGGUUCAGAUCCCUCAAAAUAUGGUUUGUCCUCAGAGCCUAUGGCGUCAGUGGCCUUCAGAAGUACAUACGAAAUGUAAAAACCAUUCAAGUUGCUUUGUUACAUCAAAUAUAUUUAGCACGUCACGAUGGCACAUUAUUUGGAACGCCUGAUCGUUGAGGGCGGCCGGUUCGAGAUCGUGGGUGAAGUCACACUCGGGUUGGUCUGUUUUCGCAUAAAGGUAACAACAUUCUGUAAAUAAUACUUACCCAAAUAAAUCUAAGUAGCGUGGUUUUACGCAUUAGUUUUUACAACUUUAGAACGACAAUGCACGUACGCGGACGUUGUACGAAAGGAUUGAAGCUGAUGGUCGUCUGCAUCUGGUGCCGUCAUAUAUGCAGCAUCCAGCCGAGCUGUUCUUCAUCCGAGUUGCCAUCUGUUAUCAGUUUAUGGAUGAGGAAUUGACUCGAACAUCAUUUAACGUCAUCUCUCAACUGACUAAAGAAAUUUUUCAAGUAAACGAGACGCCCCAGGGUCUGCAUAGUUGA